AUGAUGCAGAGCGCGGCUGUCCCCGCGGAGGGGGCUGUCAAGGGGCUCCCGGAGAUUCUCGGUGUGCCGAUGCAACAGAUCCCACAGUGCGCUGGCUGCAACCAGCACAUCCUGGAUAAGUUCAUCCUGAAGGUCCUGGACAGACACUGGCACAGCUCCUGUCUCAAGUGUGCAGACUGCCAGAUGCAGCUGGCCGACAGGUGCUUCUCCAGGGCCGGGAGCGUCUACUGCAAGGAGGACUUCUUCAAGCGCUUCGGCACAAAAUGCACAGCCUGCCAGCAGGGCAUCCCCCCAACCCAGGUGGUCCGCAAGGCCCAGGACUUCGUUUAUCACCUGCACUGCUUCGCCUGCAUCAUCUGCAACCGGCAGCUGGCCACAGGGGACGAGUUCUACCUGAUGGAGGAUGGGCGGCUGGUGUGCAAGGAAGACUACGAGACAGCCAAGCAAAACGAUGACUCGGAGGCCGGGGCUAAGCGACCUCGGACUACAAUCACAGCAAAGCAGCUGGAGACACUAAAGAAUGCCUACAAGAACUCGCCCAAGCCAGCGCGGCACGUGAGGGAGCAGCUGUCCUCUGAGACAGGCCUGGACAUGAGGGUGGUACAGGUUUGGUUUCAGAACAGAAGGGCCAAGGAGAAGCGGCUGAAGAAGGACGCGGGGCGACAUCGCUGGGGGCAGUUCUACAAGAGCGUCAAGAGAAGCCGGGGAGGCAGCAAGCAGGGGAAGGAGAGCUCUGCAGAGGACUGUGGGGUUAGUGACAGUGAGCUGAGCUUCCAAGAGGAUCAAAUUCUCUCAGAGCUUGGCCACACCAAUAGGAUUUAUGGCAACGUGGGGGACGUUACAGGCGGACAGUUAAUGAAUGGGAGCUUCUCCAUGGAUGGUUCAGGACAAUCCUAUCAGGACCUGAGGGAUGGGAGCCCCUACGGAAUCCCCCAGUCUCCAUCCUCCAUAUCGUCCCUGCCAUCCCAUGCUCCUUUGCUCAAUGGGCUGGAUUACACAGUGGACAGUAAUCUGGGCAUCAUUGCGCACGCAGGGCAGGGAGUAAGCCAGACACUGAGAGCCAUGGCUGGGGGACCCACCUCUGACCUCUCCACAGGAAGCAGUGUAGGCUACCCUGAUUUUCCAACUAGCCCAGCCUCUUGGCUUGAUGAAAUGGACCAUCCUCCUUUUUAG